GUGACGUCAUUAUACGGAUUUUGGGAAAAAAUAUUACCAAAACUAUUAAUCUACUGAAACAGCAAGGAACGAAUAAUGCUCUUUUAAAGUACGCGAAAACGUGGAAACAUUGGGAUAUUGGCUCAGACCUUAUUUCACUACGGAACUCCCCUUCUGAGAAUAGUUGCUUCUGUAGCAACCUAUCGGAACGAUUUGGUUUAGUCAACUUGGCCACGUGACGUAUUAUCGACCAAUUGCAAGAUUCUUUUGUGCAGCUCAUUCAACAUAAUUUUAGGGUUAUAUGACUGUGGAGGGGAGCUAUGGUUAGUCAGGUACUCAUUGAAAUUUGUGUGUGAAUAAAUUGGGUAUGAUUAUUUUUGUUUUGAAGUGCGUGUGGGAAGUGUAGGUGUAUUCGAUUUUGCAAGAAACACAACCAAACCACAAGCAUUGUAUUUACAUAAUAUAUAUUUAAAAACAAUGCGAGCUUCCUUGGACGAUGCAGAAGUCAAAGUAAAGGUUUAUUUGCUUACGGGAACAGAGAUAGAAGUAGUAUGAUAAUUUUGAUAGUCAACUACGCGCGAAGUAGUAGGACUAAGAAGAUGAGCGGGAUGCAGGGAUGAACCGGCGAGGGGAUGGCGGCGGUCGCGCCCAGAGGCGCGGGGAGCGCACCGCCAGGCAGGCCCGGGGCCGCAAGAGGCAGACAGACGAGUGCAACGGGUCGCCGUCCCCCCCUCCAGCGCCCCCGGCCGGCGAGGCGACGCCGGAGCUGAGUUGCCCGCACACGGUCGUCGUGAACUCAUGCGCCCCCCACAGUGAACCAAGCACAGUUAUAAGCACCAGUGGCAUCUUCAGCCACGCCUCCAAAGUGACGAGUGCCACGGAUGCAGAGAACGGCAGCAUGCCGGACAAGAGGUGCGGCCAGGAGUCUCAGUCGGCCGCCAGGACGGCCCUCGGGAAUUGCGAAGCCGCGCCCCAACAAAAGCCGGCCCAGCCGGACCCCGCGUCCGUCGCGAGCGCCCGGAAGCUCCCCAAGAAGCGCAAGUACGACCCCGCACAGCUGGAGGAGAACCACUUCGUGUCCCAGGACUCGGUGGCGACGAGCGUGAGCGUGAACACGAUCGUGAGCAGUGCCGGGAUGUGCGUGUCGCCACCCGAGGCGCGGUGUCUGGUGGUGAUGGCGCCGCAGCCGGCCGCGGUGGACUACUCCUGCGUGGCCUCCACGUCGAGCGUCGUCCCGGAGAUCCAGGUGGCGGAGGACUGCGGCUACCUGCCGCCCGAGGACUCGUACUCCGUGCUCCAGCCCGCGGAGCCCGGCCUCGCGCUGAAGAAGCAGCACGGCGGCGCGGCGUGGGGCCGGCCCGACAUCGACCUGUCGGAGUGGGUGCAGCACCGCGUGCUGGCCAGGCACGACGGGGUGUACCUCCCGGGAGUGGUGCACAGCGCGGCGGGUCCCGGGGAGGCCUGGAUCCGCCUGGAUGGCUGCGACAAGGAGCUGCUCGUGUUCGGGGACCUGUUGGGAGCGCGCAGGCGAGACGUGAUCAGCGACGCGUGCCCCUCGCUGGGGCAGGUGACCGCCGGGACGGAGGUGUGCGUGCGCGUCGCAGACUCCACGGCCAGCCACCGGGUGUUCCUGGAGGGGGUGGUGACCAAGGUGCUGGCGUCCCCGGUGCAGUUCGUGGUGCGGCUGGCGGGCGCGGCCGGCGCGGAGGAGUACUACGCCAAGCGCGCGGACCUGCGCCUGCUGCUGCCCCCCUGGUGGGAGGAGCUGAAGGGCCUGGGCCACGCCCCCUCGUACCCCCUGCAGCUGCACCACGUGGUGCCGACGCUGCACGGCUCCCGCAGCGCCGCGACAUCGCCGCUGCACGGCCUGGCCACCCCGCUCAGCCUGCAUUCGGCGAGCACCGCCCUGUCCAACGGCAGCACGGACGAGCUGCGCCGGCGCCAGUACGAUGACUUCGGGGAGAGCGAUGACGACCUGCGCAAGGAAGACAUCCUCUUCGCGUCCGACGCAGACGGGGGCAAGCUCUCCGGCAGCAGCAAGCGCAGCAGCAUGCAGUCUCGUGGCAGCACGUCCAGCCUGGUGGACCAGGGCAGCAUCACACCGCGCUCCCAGCCUGCCACGCCCAGAUCGCAAGCCGCCACGCCUCAUAAGUAUAAGAAGGGAGACGUUGUAUCCACUCCCAGCGGUAUCAGGAAAAAAUUUAACGGGAAGCAGUGGCGUCGGCUGUGCUCCAAAGACGGGUGCACGAAGGAGUCCCAGCGCCGGGGCUACUGCUCUCGCCAUCUCAAUCUUAAGGGGAACACGCUGCGUGCUGGCCCCGCCAACUUCCCUAGGAGCAAAGCCCUUGGCCGGGACUUGGAGGGGGAGGAGACUUCGCGCGACUCGGACACGUCGCCCAACUACGGGGACCGGCGGAUGACCGGCCGCUUCGACCAGGAGGAGACGGAGGCCGCCAACAUGUUGGUGUCUUUGGGCAGCUCGCGCUCCGCCACGCCCGCCUUCUCGUCGCCCACGGGCCAGGCACCGUCCCCCUGCGUGCUGCAGUCGCCCGUCACGGUCGGCUCCCGCCAGAACGUCUUCAUGCCCAUCAGCAGCCCCGCGGCCCAGGCCCAGCCCGCCGCGGGCCCCGCGCCCCGCCUCUCCCCUUCCGGCCAGCUCCAGCCCCGCUGGAAGCAGGAGUCCUCCCCCGUGCCCCCGCCCUUCGUCGUCACCCCCUACCAGCCCCACGUCAUACGUCCCGAGUCCCUGCGGCCUGGGCAGGCGCCCCCGCCCGCCGCCUUCCCGGGCUCCCACUCCGCCGCCAUGGCCACCAGUGUCAUCCGAAUCUCCCCCAACCCCGCCCCCCGGGACGGGCCCCACCACGUCGUCUGGUCCACCGACAACCACGGCCACAACCACGUCUUCCAGUCCGUCGUCACCUCGGCCCCGCACUUCGACCACAGCCACGCGGGGCCCGGUCCCCCGCCGCAGCAGAGCAUCAUCCUGCAGCAGGCGCUGACGGGGCCCGCACCCCAGGAGCGCGAUGAGAAGCCCCUGGCCGUGACCAGCUCGGCGGGGGGGACGCUGUACUGCGUGCUCCCGCCCGCUCAGCAGCAGCAGCAGCAGCAGCAGCAGCGCGACAAGUACGUGGUGAUCAAGAGCGAGGCGGAGCUCGUCCCGUCCCCGGGCCCGGCCCCCUCCCAGCAGCAGUGCAGCGUGGUGCGAGCGCCCCCUCCCCAGGAGCAGCCGCUGUUCCGCCCCGUCAUCGUGCAUCCCACCCCCACCCAGCUGGUGCCCGUGCUGCCUCUGCCGGGUAGCAGCCUCGACCCCCCGCCGCUGGAGGAGGAGGUGGAUGCCCCCAACCCAGGUGUGCGUGCGGCCGCGGCCAACUCGACGCAGCCGGCGGUGUACCCCUGGGAGUCGCUGGUGCCCUUGUUCGCGGGCGGGGGUGGGAGCGGGGGGUCUCCGCCCCCGGAGGCCCGCACCAGCGACGAGCUGGACGGGCUGCCGGCGGACGUGCCCGGGGACGAGGACGAUGACGACGUGUUCGAGCCGGAGCCGAGCGCUGCCGAGGCGGCUGCCGCGGCCGAGGCGGCGGGCAAGCGGCGCACGCAGUCGCUUGGCGCGCUGCAGGCCUGCAAGGAGCCCCAGAGCCCGGUCAAGGUGAAAGAGCGUGAACGCAUCCGGCGUCCGAUGAACGCCUUCAUGAUCUUCAGCAAGCGGCAUCGUCCCAUCGUCCACCAGCGCCACCCCAACCAGGACAACCGCACCGUGUCCAAGAUUCUGGGCGAGUGGUGGUACGCCCUCGGCACCGAGGAGAAGCAGAAGUACCACGAGCUUGCUUCCGAGAUAAAGGAGGCACACUUCAAGGAGCACCCCGACUGGAAGUGGUGCAGCAAGGACCGCCGCAAGUCAUCGACCAGCUCGUGCAAGGAGGGGCGUGGGAAGCUGGGCUCCGUGGACGAGUCGGAGCUGGCCCGGCCAGACCCCGGUGCUGACCCCCAGCCCCCGCAGCCCGCAGGCUCCGCCCCCGACGUGGAGCAGGAGGCGGACUUGCUGGCCGUCAAACAGGAGGACCGCCCGCCUGCGGACGAGGGGAAGGGGGAGGCAGAGGAACGGCCGCCCGAGGAGGAGUUCUCCGAUGACGACCAGAUGGUGAUCUGCGAGGAGCCGGCGGCAGACAUCGACCUGAAGUGCAAGGAGAAGGUGACGGACUCCGACUCGGAGAGCCAGAGUGACGCGGAGCCCAUCAUGGAGAACAAGGCGUUCCCCCAGCAGCGCUUCAGCCCCGUGUCGGGCAUCAAGACGAGCUCGGGCGAGGUCACCUGCCGCCCCAAGCCCAUCAAGCCCAGCCACACCAGGUUGGGGUCGAGCGGGCUGGACGGGGCGGGCAAGGCGCCCCCGGGGCCCGGAGACAAGCCGGGCUCGGUAGGGGUGCUGUCCUACCCCUACCACUCGCCGGUGAACCCCAUGGGGGUGGCGGGCUUCCAGCCCACGGGCGGGGCCUUCAAGACCAUGCCAGUGUCGCCCAAGGUGGUGAAGAGUGCCGCGGAACACCACCAGGCGCAAGUACUGCAGAUGAGGAAGGUCGGCUCGCCGGACCGGGGGGCGGCGUGGACGGGCAGCGUGGUGACGUGCGCGCCCCAGGAGAGGCAGUACACGGCGAGCGUGCUGAACAUCGUGACGGGCCCGGAGAACGGGCGGCACCGCCCGAGGCCCGGCCAGCCGCCGCCGCCGCCGCCGGGCAAGCGCGCCACCCUCAUCCUGCAGCCGCAGCCCCAGGCGGCGUCCCAGCCCCUCACCGUCGCCUUCCUGGGGCCCGAGCUGCUGCUCAAGGCCGGCAACGGCUGCAUAAACCUGGAGGUGGACCGCGAGCGCUCGUCCCAGCCGGCGGACACCGUGCAGUACAUCACGCUGCCCGGCGGACGGCUGCCCAACAUCUUCCUGCCGCCUGCCGGCUUCCACGUGCCCCUCCUAGACGGGGGCAGCAGGAGUAUGUCGCUGCACCAGGCGACGCUCGUGCAGCCUAAACCGCCCGACCCUCCGCCAUCGGUCAUCGUCAGCAAGCACUACGCUGUCACCACCAGCCAGUCCACCCCCCUCACCACCCGCCCCAGCACGUUCCACAACGGCGUGGAGUCGGUGGCCCGGAAUGGAGCGUACGGGAGCGUGCAGCUGGAGGGCGGCUGUGCCCCUCACGGUCACGAAAACCAUUUUUACACGGGGGUGCAGUUUGACGUGACCGCCGGUGACAAGCGGGAGGCGAUGCAGCAGUUGGAGCAGCGUGACAACGACAAGCUCCACGUGGUGCAGCCUUCCUACAGAGACCAGGGGGCGGAGGCUCAGCCGCCUCGGUCGGAGGGCUACUCCGUCAUCGAGUCGCCGGCGCAGGCGGACCAGUCGGCGGGGGAGGGCAAGGCCUUCGUGCUGGCGCCCACGCCCGCGCAGCUGGGUCGCGCCCCCCUCCAGAGGCGACAGUCCAUGGUGAUGGGGGGCCAGUCCCCCGAGGGCGUGGUGGUUAGCCAGGCGAGCUCUGGAGCAGAUGCCCCGGCACCCCGCCCUGACGAGGGGCCCACGCUGCCCCAGGUCCCGUCCUCGCCCUCCACCAAGAAGAGCUUCUUCAAGAAGAACGUAGAGGACGGCAUGGACAAGGUCCUGGAGACUGUGAACUUCGAGAGGAAGUUCUCGUCGUUGCCGGAGUUCAACCCGCAGGAGUGCCAGUCGCCCAGCGCCAUCUCCGUGCCGUCCAGCCCGCACGUCAACUUCGUCCAGAACUACCGCAAGAAGCAGCAGCAGCAACAGCAGCAGCAACUGCUGCAGCAGCAGCAGCAGCAGCAGCAGUCCAGACCUGGCCCGGACGAUGACACGGAGUCCCUCGUCUCGGCCACGCCCAAGUCCGCCAAACUAGUGGGGAACACCUUCUUCGGUCCGGACUUCAACAUUGAUGCAUUCCGAAGCGGGGCGGCGGGCACGGGCGACGGCACGGAGGCCAGCUCCCCUCGCACGCCCAAGACGCCCGGCGGCAAGGAGGGGGAGAAGGGGCACCGCCGCGUCCUGGAGCAGCGGCGGCAGCUGGUGCUGGAGCUGUUCCACCAGGUCGGGGGCAUCUUCCCCAACACCCAGUCCACCUCCGCCUUCCAGGAGGAGCACAAGGACAUCUUCCCCAACAAGUCGAGCCUGCAGCUGAAGAUCCGUGAGGUGCGGCAGAAGCUGAUGAGCCAGCAGAACAGCCCCAUGCCCUCUGGCACCGAUUCCACUGCCACCACCCCAGGCUCGUCAACGUUGCCGCUGUCUGCUUCCCUGGUCCCCAUGUCAGGGAGCAGUGUUACCACCAUUCCCGCCUCGUCCAGCAGCUAGCCGCCACGUGUCACCAACGCCUCUCUACGUCCUGACUGGUGCGUGCGGGAGAUGAAUGCUCCUCCACCCUAGUCCCACGCUGCAAGGUUGCCAACACUUAAGCAGUCGUGUGCAGGGACAUUUAAUUGCAUGUGAUAUUAAUGUAAUUGGAAAAAAAUAUUUGUGACUGAGCAAUGGCUCGUUUGCUGAUGCCACCAUGACAUUGUUCGAUUUUUGGGGAAACAACUGUUUUUUUGUCUCUAGAAGGAGUACAUUUAAAUUCUACGUGUGUAAGUUGUUAGAACGUGGCCGUAUCAGUAUUUUUUAUUUUAUUUUAUUAAAUCGAAUUUAGUGUGAAUUUCUAUGUCCAUUUGUAUUAACAGUAGUCAUAAUGAAGUGAGUGGACUAAAGUUUAUUUGUGUGCUUUCAAACAAUAUUUUUUUUAAUGAAUUUUUGUGUUGUGCUUAUGAUCAUUUAUCAACUGUUUUACUGAUUGAUCAUUGCAUAUUUUGUUUUGACAGCUGAAUGUCAAUUUUAUUUUCUUUAGUUUCUUUUGACUUAUACAUACAUAUAUACUAUUUUGAUGUUUUGUUUCUGUAUGUAUACAUCAUACAGCUUGUAUUAAUUAUGAAUUGUAAUCAGUAUAUUUAACCAAAUUUAUUUUUAUAUUAGUGUGUUAUUGUAAAUAUUUUAUGAAAAGCCUAUAAAUUAUUGAAAUAAAUAAGUUUUAGACAUAUGUUGAAUUUUUGUGUUCAAGUAUAAUCAUGUUGUUAAAUAAGAUAUAUAUGUGUGUGUUUGUGUGUGUUGAUGUAAAUAUUAAUACCUAGUUUCUGUUUGUACCAUAAUUUUUAAAAUUGUCGAGAGAAUUUUGUGCUUUUCGAUGUCCUUGUAGAUCCACAAUCAAGAAGUUUUAUUUUUGUAGCACUCAAGAAAUAUAUGUCUAAACUAAGUGCAAUUGAUGACUGCAAAUGGAUUUUUUUUUUUGGAUGACUGGUAACUGCUUGUAUGAAAUGCUAGUGCGGAGGACAGAUCUGUUUGCUUUGCAUGUUAGUGUCGGUCAUAGUGCUAGUCGCCUGCACCAAGUGAAGUGCCUGGUAUGUGGUUCUCUCCGCACGCUCGUGUUUCACUUCGCUCACUCUCAGCCUCUCCGAGUUCAGUCUCUCAUCUCUCACCACUACGUGCAUGCUCUACUCUCGAAUGCGGUUUGGUGGCAGGUCUAAAGUAAAUCAAGGGUUUUUUACUGUACAUAGGGUGAGUAAUGUACAUCCUUCCAGGAAGAUAAGUACUUUCAGUUAUUUUAUUAUUAUUAUUUAUAUUUAUUUUAAAAAAAAUUGAUUGUCUCAUGACGAAAAAAAAAUCUGUGCUGAUGACAAGCUAGUUUGCAGUUUGAGUUUAGUUUGGACUUAACACUAAUCUUAACACUUUCUUACAGAUACCUAGCUGCCUUUGCUAGUACUGAUAAGCCAAUGCCAAUAUCCUAAUAUACCUCUUAUUCUUCAUUCUUACCCUUACACCCUAGUAUAGUCUACGAGACAACUUGUGCAACAACAGCAAAUAAUCAAUCUAUGGUUUUAAGUUCUCUGCUUCGUUGUUUGGGAUGUAAAUGAAUAGGAACACCAAUACAAUUUAAAAUUAAUCAAAAUUAAAAUACAAUUUUUGUAUUUGUUUGAGUAACUAAAUAGUUAAUUUAGUGCUGUGAAUCAUUUAAAUGAAAAUAAUGUUUUAAAUGUUACAAAUUAUGUGUUAGGAUGUUAUGCAUCAUACUGUUUUAGUUGUGUUUAAGAUGCUUCGUUUGCGUAUACUGUAUAAGUAGACACACACGCACAGAUUUAUAUUUGUGUGUGUGUAUAUAUAUAUAUAUAUCUAUAUGUAUGUAUAACAUUUUUAAGACCAUGCAUUUUGAAUUCUCUUAUUUGUUUGUCUGGAUCUGGAGUACUCUUUAAUACAGUCUUGUUCGUCUUCUAAACAAAUUACAAAGUAUCUGGCUUAUAACCACAAUACCUAUAUCCUUCAACAAUCCAGGUUUAGGGGCAGUCCACCCACGUAAAGAAAAAAUUUUUCACAUGAACCUUUGCUCACUCAAAAGUAGAUUAUAGAUUAAAAUGUAAUUAACUUACAGUAAAAAAAAUAACUGAAAAACCCAGUUUUUAGUGUUUUAAACUAUACAUUUAUUUUCUUCUUUUUAGUCUCAAAAUAAAAUGUCACGAUGUUUGACACAGCUGUCAUUACAAAUUUCUUUUUUUUUUUAUUACCAUAUCACAUUAGUACUACAGCACUACCACAGAACUCCAGACAUUAAUUAAUUAAAAUAAAAAAUUAAGAUGACAUGGUUUUAGCUUACCAUUUAUGAAAAUAAUAUGAAACUAAAUAACAAACAUUUUAGUUUUGAAAAAAAACUAAUUUAAAGGAAGACUGAUCUAAAUUUUGAGUUCUAGGUAAAAUAAAAGCUAUUUAUUAUCUUUCAAGUAUAUGCUUGCAGACUUGAAACUCGGCGGGGAUGUUCUUUACAUUACAUACACAUUAACCGAGCAUGGGUUUUUUUCUAAAAUCAGCCUCAAAGGUAGGUUAUGAAAGCAUUAAAGAUUUUAGGGCUUUAACCCCUCCCCCGGCACGUACUGAUUACAAGUCAUAAUUAUUACCUAAUUGGAUCGGAGACACUAAAUAAAAAAAAUAUAUAUUUUUUUAAAUUUUUGAAAUUUAGGUUUGUUAACCCCUCCCACCUCCGAGUGGAAGAAAGUCAAACCCCGGGUACAUUUUUUACGAUAACCCGAUAUCAGAAACUUUCUAAAUAAAAAAUAAUUAUAUAUUUGUGAAAUUUUCAAAAUUUAAGGCCCUUAUGCUCAUCCCCUCUUUUCUCCAGGCACAUUUUCCAGCAUAACCCGACCUUUUGGAUCGGAAACACUCAAAAUCGAAAAAGCGUUGAUUUUUAAAUUAUUCAAAAUUUUGGGGUAUUUAAACCACCCGGGGCCACAGUAUACACAAAAGGCAUGGUUUUUCCCAUAGCUCGUAAUUAGUCGUUUUUUGACCCUCUGACCCCCCCACCCACUCCCUCUUCACUCGUAGGUCUAAAGUUAUCAAAAUAUUGCAUUGUCAGAGGUUCUUUAUAUGUAUGCAAAAUUUAACACAUUCGGAUGUCAUAAAGUGGUAAAAAUUGAAUGGUAUGAUUUUAUUAUAGUGCUAAUAAAAGCAUGGUAAAAAAGAAAAUGUUUAUAUGAUAGCCUUAAGCAUUUUUUUUCUUAAUAUAAAUUCUUGUGUUAACAUUUACUGAAAGAUUAAUUUUGGUUUUUGGGUGAACUAUCUACAUUUAGCUUGCCUGGUAAAACAUUUUGGUUAAAAAAAAUUUUUUUUAAGUGUUUGAUUCUACAAAAUUGGUUGUUUACUUAUGAAUAUUCAUGCAUAUUUGGGUCACCUUUGUAUGACCUGCCGUAGCUUAUAAGAACAGUUAAAUCUUAGUAAGGAACGGAAGGGACCAUAAUUUUUUCUAUUAUCGCAUUAAGGCACAUGUGACAACAUGAACAUUCAAUGAAAUAUUAACAAUAUUUUGUGGGACCUUAAACACUUAAUGUAGACCACGAGUAAGGCACCGUAGCUCUGCCGUUCUUACCAAGUUCAUCCUGUGCAGGAAAUCCCCUCUCUCUUUCUUUCUCUCUUUCAUUCUUCCAAUCUCCAUGCUUAAUAUCAUUUCCAUUUAAAAUUUGGAAAUAUGUGCUAAUCAUAUGAUUGUACAGCUGUAUUUUAAUCCAAGUUUUUAAAUCUUAAAUAGUCAUUUAUUUUUACCAACUUGAAAAAAAAAGAAGUAAUGUUGACCAUUUCCUGCAUCUUUUAAUCUAACUCAUGUAGAUGUAAACAGCUGUAAAUAUUUUGCGAGGCACAUCUUUCACUGCAGAAUCUGUGGCCUUGUCAGAAAAACAUUACAUGAGUGUAUUUAUUACAGAUGAAGUCCUAUUCAUUUGAAACUAUGUAAUCUGCUGUGCUGUGUAAUUGUGUGCACUGGGAUCAUAGCGAAACAAUCAGAUUAGUGUGUGUUUGGUAUAAAUAAUUUUUUACUCUCUUCAGGUGUAGCUUAAGAAUUUUAUCAAUACUACUCUGAUCUCUUUGGAUUUUAACUGAACUGUUUGAAGACAAGACAUUAGUUUAAGUUUAAUUCUUGUAUUUGAGUACAUUCUGUGUUUAUAAUAUUUUUUGUAUAGCAUCUGAACAUAAUCUGCAAAAUUCACAGUAUUUCUUGUCUAAGUUAUAUCCCUGAUUGAUUGGUUGUUACAGGGACCAACCUCAUUAGUUAUUGCUCAUUGGUUACAAAUUGAAAGGGGAAAAAAGUUCACUUGCUCUAUUACAAAUACUUAAGGUAUUGUUGAGAAAAUAAGUGUAUACUCCUUCCUGCUUAAAAGAGGAAUUAUGGUGACAUAUACUGAACAAUGUACACUUUCUUUUUUCUUAUCCAACUUUACUUUUUCUAUGGUAUAGUAAGGGCAUUGCACUCUAACCUCCAGGCAAAGUGUCAGUAGUUUGUAUCUAAUUCCCAGAGUUGCUCAUCAGUUCUUGAGCUCCAAAUUUGUAUCUAAGGGUUUCUUAGCAGGUUUUUUUUUUUACCUUCUUUAUGUGUUUUUUUUUUUACCCUUCAACUUCUAUGUGCGUAAAAAUGUGAUAUAAGCCCUAUUUUUUAACUUUACUUGUGCUUUAGAGCGGUCUUAUUGAGCUGUGUGUCUGAUGCUGUGGUUUCGUGCUUCUCUAAAAUGGUGUUAUGGAUCACUGUAGCCUCACUGCCUCUUUGCCGAUACUGCGGUGGUUUUUUUUUUUACGUGUUGUUUCUCACCAUUCCUAUUUUACACACAUUCUCAACACUGUGUAGUAACUGUUUGUCAUUAUUGUUUUUUUUUUACCGUUAUUGUUUUAUGAUAAAUGUUAUUGUGAUGUGUGUUUAAAAAAAAGUCGUAAUUGAGCUGUCAGUAAAUAGGAGAUGUGCAUAACUUGAUGUAGCUUCUAACUUUUUUUACAAAAAAAAAACUUGUGUUUAGAAAGCACUGCCAAUCAGUCAAAUAUCCUGUGUUCUUCAUGUAUUAGUAGUGAAUUUAUUUUAUACAAAUGCAUACACACACAUUCACACGCAUACACUUAAUAAUUUAUGCACAGGUUACCUAUUUACAAUUCAUGCAUUAUUUUAUUUUAAACAGUUGGCCAUUUAUAAGCUGUGAUUAGAGACAAGAUUUUAUGGUUUUAUUUAUUUUUAGACCAAUUUUGUUUUUAAAAUUAAAGAUUUCUGUUUUAAUGGGUUUUAUUUUUUUUCAUAAAAUAUUUUUAUUAAAAAAAUAGCAUAUUACUGAACAAAUAUAACACUUAGAUGUGCCAUGAUACUUAUUUCUCCAAAACAGUGUCAUUUUGAUUGAUACAUGCUGCACUUUAACAAUAUAUUUAAUGAUUUGUAAUAAGCAUGUCUAACUAUUCAGAAAAAAAUAAAAUAAAUCUGUCAAGUAUUUUUGUGUUUGAAAAAUAUAUAAACAUCAUAAUGUAAAAAUGAGUAACUAAUAACAGUUGCGAGAUUAAAAAGAAGUAAACUAUUUCAAUUU